UUUUCACAUUCAUAUUUGAAAACGAGACAGGAAAUCGAAAACGAAGCUAACGCUGUAAGGAUUUUCUAGUGGCCUGUGAUCACAGUGGAGAAGCCGUACUCGUUGUUUGGUAUCGUUGUAGCUUUACUUUAUUUAUUGAGAAAUGGAUCAGUUUAAGUCUUUGCUGCCGGAAGACAAGGCCGUACAUUGUCUAGAUGACCUUCGAGAUCUCACUGUCAAGGAAUUGAAAGCGAUUUUGGCGGCAUACAAGGAAAGAAUGUCUGGGUCGAAGGCUGACCUUAUCCUGCGGGCCUACGCAAUUUUCUCUCGCUUGAAACAGCAAGUUGAGCCUGAAAUUUCUUCACUGCAGCUACUUCAGACAACUGAUGAAAUAGCCUGUACAUAUGAAGAUGUAUUUAAGUUGAAGUGCAGCCAUUUGCCUUGGACUUCAGAUUUACGAGGGACUCCAGCGUUCAGUUUCAUUCAGCUGUACGAUUAUCUUGUUCUUCGCACCACCAAAUUUAAACAUAUAAAGUUAAAGAGUACGGGGUACAAAAAGCUCAAAUCUUUCCAGUUCUUUUAUGAAGGAUAUAUUAAGAGAAUUGAUGUGGCAAAGGAUUCAAAUUUUACUUUCUUUGAUGUGCGUAUGAAGGCAUCAAUGAAGUCCACUUUAUACAAAGUGCUGGUGGUUCUUGAUGGUUCUGGCAAUGUUUCCUGUGCUGCCUGUACAUGCCCUGCUGGUGCUGGUAUAUCUGGCCUUGGCAAUUGUAAUCAUGUUGGAGGAGUUCUUUUUGCUUUGGAAGAUUUCAACAGGAAAGGCUACAGAAAUUGUCCUGAACCUGUCUCUUGUACUUCCAAAUUAGCAGCCUGGAAUGUCCCAUCUUCUUUUGCUUCAGUUUCUCCUGCAUCUAUUGAUGAAGUUCUUAUCAAGAAGAUCAGAUUUGGCAAAGAUGAUGUUCAGCUAAAAGCCAUAAAGAAUAUUUGCCAUGAUCCUCGUCAAAUUGCACAUCGUGGAAUAGAUGAAGAAAGGGUUGAAAAGCUCAAACACUCUCUUGCUUCUUCCAUUCCAAACAGUUGUUUCUUUGCUUUCCAUUCUUUUCCUGAUACAUCUUCAGCAAGCAGUUCUUCUAUUGUCACAGAAAUGGUUGAUUCAUUGGAUUCUCCUUUUCAAGAUUCUUUUGUUAAUUUAUCUGUUUCUGACACUGACAACAAUUCAAUGGCAUUCAGCGAUGAUUAUGAUAUAUCCUGUUCCAAUUUUAAAGAUAUGAUGGACUACCAUACCAAAAAUAACAUGUAUCUUCCAUCAACAGCUAUUCUUGACAUUGAAAAAGAAACCCGUGGUCAGUCAUCAAAUUCUUCUUGGAAACAACACAGAUUAUAUCGCAUCACUGCAUCAAAUUUUUACUCUGCUGCUGUCACUACUGUUGAACCAUCGUCUAAGUUAAAUUCAAUGUUCUACUCAUCUUUCUCUUCUGUAAGCAUACGGCAUGGAAAGGCUUACGAGUCCCAUGUUCGUUCUUUAUAUUUGGAGACUUUGCUACGCAAUGGCUUCAAUAAAGUUUUUGUUGACGAGCCUGGCCUUAUUGUAUCAAGUACUCAUACUUUUCUUGGUGCAUCCCUGGAUGGUAUCGUAAAGCAUGGUCAAGACUCUUGGGGACUUGAAAUCAAAUGUCCUUAUUCAAAAUUUUCAUCUUCUCUCCAUGAUGCUGUUGCAGAUAAGAAGUUUUUUUUAAGAAAGACAGAUGUGGUAGAGCUCAAAAAGAAUCAUGCCUAUUACUACCAAAUUCAAGGUCAAAUGUUUUGCUCUGGAUUAAGAAAAGUUGAUCUGGUCGUCUGGUUUGGAGAUAACCAACCCUUGUUCAUUCAAUCAAUUAUGUACGAUGAACAUUUUGUUCAAAACUCCAUUCUUCCUCAGCUGAACUUCUUCUAUCGCAGAGCUGUAUUACCAGAAUUCUUUACAAAGCGUGUAAAAAGAGGUCUUAAAUUAUACCUUCAUGGUGGCUGGGAGAAGUUUUCUUUAGAAUUAUAA